AUGGCUGCAGAGUCAAUCAAGGUAGUGGUCAGGUGUCGGCCGAUGAAUGAUAGGGAGCACAUUUUGAAUUGUAAGAUGGUAGUAUCAGUAGAGAUGAGUCGCUGUCAGUGUUUCAUCAAGAAGCCAGGGGCAAAGGAGGAGCCACCAAAGCAAUUCACCUUUGAUGGAACCUACUUCAUUGACCAAACCACUGAGCAGAUGUACAACGACAAAUCGCCUACCCUUUGGUUGAGGUAGGCCUACAAUAAAUUCUGCUACAUUUUCACAACCUGAUUAUGGUGGAUUACAUACAGCAGCAGCAGCUCAUAGGUUAUUGGACAUAUCCAGUAGAUAUAUGGAACUAAAUACCACGUCAGUUAGGAAAACAAGUGUGCCGCUGCCAAUUAGAAUAUAUCCCCUAGCUAAUGACCUCCGAGCUCAUCAUUUAGAGAAGAGGCUGCCAUUAAACAACUGCUGAGGUCAAUUGUAAAGCAUAUAGGCAUUCUUCUACAAGCAUGUCAAUGGUGUAAACAGACUGUUCUUGCUACCAACAGGGGGUGACUGAAGGGUACAAUGGGACCAUUCACCAUGCAGGGGGUGUCUGAGCCAGCAGGCCAGAGAGGGGUCAUCCCAAGGGUCUUUGAGCACAUCUUCGAGAGCAUUCAGGUAGAGUCUUCACCUCUAUUGUACUGCCAUCAAGAAACUCCCAAGGAUGAGUUGGUGGGGAUCAUUAUUUUAGAAGUGCUGUGGUUGUAAAAAGCUGACCUCAGACAAGGCCUUUUGUAUGACUGGCAGAGCCCCAUUGAGUGGCCAGCUUGUACUACUGUAUGUCGCAUGAGUGGGCUUUAUCAUCAAGUGUUUCCUCUCAAGAACUGGUUCUUAUUCAUUUGGUGUCUUCUAUGUAAAAUAGUGUGCAGAAAAUACAAAGUUCCCGGUGAGGGCUUCCUACCUAGAGAUCUACAAUGAAGAAAUCCGAGACCUUUUGGGAAAUGACACCAAACAGAAAAUGGAGGUAAGAAACCAUAGUACCAGAAUAUUAGGGCGAGUUCGCCUAAUUUCAGUUUGUGACAAAACAAGCGACAGCGAGAACUUCGCCAGCAACUACUUCAAGCCUAAGAGAGUCAACCAGUUGCUGGGCGUUGAGCCCCUGAAGGGACUUGGUAAGACCAGGAGCUACAGGCCCUUCCCCUGACCCCUGAACCAAUAGCCCAGCGCCUUUUCACUGCGCUCAAUAUUAUAUAUGGGUAGGGCUUGUUUCUUACUGGAAACUGCAGAGGGCAAUCUUCUCACCUGAAUUCAACUGUGACUGAGGUGCAAUUAAUGUUAACAUAAAACAGUCAAACUAUUAAUUGGUAUUUAAUGAAGUGUGCAGACCGACGGGAAAGUGCCUGAAUAGAUAAUAAAAUAAUACAAUUCAGAUACUUUUGGAAUCAACAUUCAAAUAAAAUGUGACAAUUAUAGCACCACUUAAUACCAACGUACUGCUUGCUAGUACAAAAUUGUUUUAUAAGGGUCCAAGUCAGUUACUGGAAACAUUCAAAAGAUCUAGCCUGCUAUCUACUUAACUUCAACAGAUAAUUUGCCCUACAUGUGUGGUUGUUCCACUGAUGACCUCUUUCCCUGCAGCAGUUCACUCAGCAUCCCAGGGGAACGGGACGCCUCACCUGACCUCCAGCGGCUCCAACAUCGGCCCCAACAUCGGCCCCUCGCUCAGCGCUGAAUCCCUCCUCCCUCACCCCUUCUGCCUCGAGUCACUGGGGAUCACCCCAUCCAAUGGCAAGGUGAAGAGGAUGAAAAACAUACAUCUCCAAUGA